AUGGAUCUCUCUCAAUACAAUUUAGUAUUAAUGAUUAUUAAUUUAUAUAGGUUGACGAAAACUCAGAUUAUAUAAUUCUAUAGCAUAAUUCAAACAGCCUAUUAUAUGUUUAUAAAGAAUAUGAAAUACCAAAAUUUAUUGGGAAAAAAUAAAUACUCCCCAAUUCUUAAUUGAUAGAAAUUUUAGAAAAUAGGAAACAAUUAGAUUCUCUAAAUUUGCUAUAAUUAACAGAUUAUGUCAUAACUUCAAAAUUAUGCUUAUUAUAUGAAUAAUACAUUAAAAAUUUUGAAGAAGAAUUGUCAAAGCGUAGAAAUACAAAUUAAUAUUGGUCAGAAGAAGAACUUUAUAAUACUUUUUAAGCUUGCCUUUCUGCGAUGAAAUCAUUUCAUGAUGUAAAUAUAUAAUUUUCAGAAUAGUUUGGAUUGUCCCAUAGUUGUAUUAGUCCAAAUUCAAUAGUGUUUAGUUAAGAUUCACAAGUUAAAUUAGCAGAUCAUUUUGUCGUUACAUAAUAAUUUAAAAGGAAUUAUUCACAUAUUCCAGAUAAUGAAGAGUAUGGUUAUUGGUCACCUGAAAUAAUUAAUGAAUUUGAAGGAUGGAAAUAGAAAUAUGAAACAAUUGAAGCAGAUAUUUGGGCAUUAGGAAUUGUAUUUUUAGAAGCUAUGACUUUAAAAUCUGGUUACGAUUUUUAUUUUAUUGAUGAUAACAAUAAAUUAUACAUAGACUACUAAUUACUUUAAGAUAAUUUUGAUGCAGCUAAAGAAUACUAUUCAUAAGAAUUAAUAACUUUAAUCUAAAUAAUGCUUACUAUAGAUCCAUAAGAAAGAACUUGGGAAAGCAUAAUUGAAUAAAAUAUUAGAAUAUAAGAUAUGUAAUAAUAAUAGAUUCAUCCUUAAAUAUAACCUAUUCCUGAGGAAAGUGAGGAAGAGAGUAUGAUCUAAGAAAAGGCAGGUUGUGAUAAAACUAAAUUAUUGAAUAUGUUAGAAAGUUGUCUUAUUAAAUCAAGACAAUUAAUUAAAGAAAAUGAGAGCAGAAAAUCUAAGAGACCUAGUUAAGAUAAUAUAACUUGCAGUUAAUCUACACCUUAAAAAGAGAAGGAGGAUGUUAAUUCUAGUUUAUUAAUGCUUAUGAAAGGAAAACAUUCAAAGAAAAAUUCUACUGAUUCUGGGGGUUCAAUUCUUAAGGAAAUUCCUUAGAACAAAUAAAAAUAAAGACAAAAGUCUUGUUAAGAUAUUUUUGAGAAAAUAAUUUUACACAAUCCAAUUGUAUAAGAAUAAAGUGUUAUGGAUCCAAAUGAUUUAUCCAAUUUGAUGUAAAUCUAUAAAUCAUAUACUGGUGAAGGAAAAAAUAAAAUGAUGCAUGGCAAAGGUCAUCUUAUAUUUUAAAAUGGAGCUGUUUUAUAAGGGUAAAUUUUAUAUUUUUGAUUUUGAUAGAACUUUUCAAGAUGGUAAAGUAAAUGGUUAUGGAAUCUUAUUAAUAAAUGGUUAAAUAAUAGUUGGACAUUGGGAAAAUAACAUUUUGAUUUAAAUUAUGUGA